GUGCAAAAGUAGCCUAUAUUUAUAAUGAACUUUAACAAAGAUUUAGAAUUGUUGGCAAGUUCUGUUUUUCUAUUUCUAUGGCGAUGCAAAUUCUAUGAUUGCAAAUGACAUGCACUCAAAUGGGAAUCACUAAGAUUUAAAAAGAAAAACAAAUGCAUAAUGUAUUUGUCCGAUUCGAGUAGUUAGGGCGAAGAACUUUCCAAUUUACUGUUAACGCUCGAAAAAAUAUUUAAUGAAUUUCAUGGGUCAGUAAAUAAACGUCUAAUAAGGAUGGUCUAAAAGGUUUAGUGUUUACAGACCAUCAUGAGUUCCAAUAAUAAUAAUAAUUAUAAUAAAAUGUUUAGUUGUGGUUUAAAUAUUACUUGACUAAUGCAUUAGCCAAACACAUCCUGGGAUGCCCCGAAGAAGGCUGUUUCGCUGCCAAACAGUGGCGUUUGCUGCAACGUCGUUGUGAUGUAGAGACCCAUCCGACCAAUAGACGGAGCAGCAUCCGAUUCUACGAGAUCCCCAGCUGACGCGAUGCGCUGGACCACUAUCUGUAUUUUGAUUUGCUCCCUAAUUGACCCACAUAAAGCCCUCUGUGACAGGGGUUCCACCGACCCUGAGGCACGAUCAAAAGCGAUGUCGAACUGGAGCCGGUAAUACCCUUUCACGAGUAAUCCCAUUUGCUAUUGUGAUCGUCCAAUAGCAGAAUGCCCUCCGCUUGUUAAGCAUUUGACUUGACUUGGAUUUUUCUUUAGCCUACUACAGCGCCCGCUUCUCUGUGUACUGGCGCCGUGGACGCACGAAGGAUUUCAUCUAAGCGAUGGUUGAGCGGGGAUAUCCGGAGAGAAAGGAUUCGUUGCUCUUUGCUUAGAAGUAUUCGCGAAUCACCCGCCGAUUGCUGUAACUGGUAUUUUUGUACGAGAAAUGCAUGACAGAAGCCAACAACAGCAUACUUCCACCACAUCCAGGGGCUCGUCAUUUUUUAUCGAGAAUUUACUUGGCUCUUGUAGGACAGAAAAGUCUGUCCGUCUUAUAAAGGAUAACGAUGGCAUGGACAGAGAGAUUGUUGUUAAGGGCAGCACUAAGGCGUAUCGGAAAGAAAUAUGCAGUCAAGUAUCCAGUACAGGCUUCAAGACAGAGAUGUGUCGGAGCACACAAUCACCUCUGGAGUGGUAUGGACGGGAACCCCUUGAGAGUCCAAGAGAGGAAACCCGCAAUUCCAGUGAACAUUGCCGCAGCGACAGGGACACCCCCGUGGCCUCUGAGCUUCUUGAUGGAGCAGUAGACCGAAAAACGAGCGAGUGUGUGGUUGACGAGGGUGAGGACGCUCGACAGCUCUUCGAUGAACGUUCAGGUCCCGACACUUCCGAGCCAGGAUCGGCCCGGAAGAAAAAGACCCGAACUGUGUUCAGCAGAAGCCAAGUCUUCCAGCUAGAAUCCACGUUCGACAUGAAGAGAUACCUCAGUAGUUCUGAGCGCGCGGGUCUUGCGGCCUCCCUGCACCUGACAGAGACACAGGUGAAGAUCUGGUUCCAGAAUCGCCGAAACAAAUGGAAAAGACAAUUGGCCGCGGAUUUAGAGGCUGUUAAUUUCAACCACAACUCCCAACGGAUUGUACGGGUGCCCAUCUUGUACCACGAUAAAACGACACCCAUGUCGACACUCAGUUUUAACGUGUCUCCGGUCUCGCCACCAAUCAUGGGCUUCUCAAAUUCAGUGAACUAUCCGUUAUCGUCCUUUGCUCAUUCAAUGAAUUUAAUAACAUCGCAGAUGACAGGCCUGGUCUGAACUUUGGAGACUGAAAUACAGUAUAUUGACAAUAGUGGCCCAAUGACAAUUAUCAUUAAUGAUUUUGAAUGGUGCAAUAACUGAUCAUGCAACUGCAGUAUAAUGUCUGCUCCAUCCAAAGAAAGGAAAACACCCAUCACAAGAUCACGAGAGAGACAAGUUUGUGUUAAUUGCCACUGUUAUGUCUAUAUAGUAUUCUGUGCAUGGAGGCCCUCACCUGUAUGCAAAUAAGGGCAACACUUGCUUUGUGCAAAUAUAUUUUUAUUCAGAACCACCGAUUUAUAAGUUGUCACUUUUUUCACAUUAUAAAAUUAAAUAAACGAAUCACGUUAAAGCAAUAUGAUUUUUCUGUAAAUGGGUUUCAAGACUUUAGAUGAAUGUGUUUAGAGGACGUCACGGGACAGCUUGAAAACCAAUCAUCAUGAAUAAGAUACUUCCAAGGGUGUCCAGAUGAUCUGGAUAUUCUGGGUAUUUUCUAAAUUAGUAAAUCAAAUUUAACCAAUUUUCACAGCACAAUGCAGUAAUCAUGAUUCACAAAGAAAAAGAUGUGGUUUAAAUAGGCCCUUUUAUACCUACGCAUCCUUCGAACACAACAGAAAAUGCAAUGCUAAAUCAAAACAGUCAGUUGAAUGCAAUAUGUACAGUUUACAUAAUCAAAUUUAAACGAAUGAUGCGUAAUUAUGUCAAAUGUAUGUACAUAUUACAUGGGUUCACAAAUAAAUCUCAUGCUUCUCAUCUAAAGUAGGCCCGCGACUGGGCAUAUUCACUUUGACAACAGAAUAAUGAUCUAAAAAUAUUAUUUAAAUAAUGUUGUUUGGGACAACAUUAUUUUAUUAUAUUCAGACAUACAAAAUCAUAUCAUUAUAGUUUAUAAUGUUUACAGAAGUAUUUCAGGGACUAUUUUGAUCGUCUUCCCGAUUAAGAAGGUGAAAAAGACUAUGAAAUCUUAAUUGUGGUGACUGACUAAGGGUUCAAUAAAAAAUAUUUAUUAUAA